GCCGAAAAGGCCUUCCGUAGCCAUUUUGGCUCAAGGCAUUUUGGCUCAAGGGCCGUUUGGGCUUAGGCGAAGUGUGAUACAUUUUGUUAAAGUCAAAUGGGUUUGGCACUCAGCGACAUGCUGCGCAGUCGUAGGGGAAACGCGGCUGCAGCCUUGGCUGCAAUCUUUGUGCUUUCGGCAGCGUGGGGCAGCUGCCCGACACGGAGCUCGAAGAGCAUGAUUAUGUCAAUUGGUCUUCGCAUUGGCUCUUCAGUUGGUCGAAGUAGUUCGCAGCGGUGCUGGAAGGCCAGCAACUUGUGCGAAAACAUGAAGGACUAUAUCGAUCGGAACGGCCUGACUCACAUUUUCGUUGGAACUUCAAGUAAAACUGGUGGUUCGACAACCAAGAUCGAGAAUUUGUCCAGACUUGCGCGUCAUGUCUACAGACGGGACGACCCGAUCGAGUCUGCCAACAAUGCCGAGUCGGAUCACCUCUUUAGACCCGUCAUCUACAUCUCGGACCACGCCAUGCUCGCCGGGUACAACGCACCCUACUGGGUUCAGCCUUACGCCACGGCUGCCAAAGCGUCCGACUGCGCGGUGGCUUCUGCAUUGGGACUCCAGGUCGUAAAGCGCUGAUGAUCAGGGGAUGCUCUCUCCUGUUCUCUAUUGAAGUCUGCCAAGGAGUCUGGUCUCCCUGUUGAGGCGAGGUCGCUGGUGUGCAUGGCGCAGGCUGCUCAGUACAGGUGCGCUUUCUAUACGAAAGCCUUCUUCGAUAUGGGUCAUCUCCUCGACACGAUCGGGGCGUUUGACGAGGCGUGAGUCACUCACGAAACCGACAAAUACACGGGGACGGGUUGCUGCUGGGUGCGUUGGUCGCUGGCGGGCCAGGGAGCAACCGUCGCAGAUUUGUCCCCUCGGUCUGGGUCACGGGCUGCGGCUCGCAGGCCAGGAGGGAUAUUGCUCCACAGCAGUGGAAGCGUGUGGGAUGCACGGGGACUGGGCGUCCGAGCGAUGGCAAGCCUCUGCGGCGCGGCCGCCGGGCUUUCUACAUGCUGCUUUCUGUACUUCUCUGGCGCGCCCGCGAAGUCUUUUCCCAUUCUGAGCGGCCCUUGCUUUCCCCGUCCUUCUCUCUCUUCCCGCAUCCCGGCGUGCCCCCGUUUGUUUCCCGCGCGUCCCGCUCGAUCCGCCACCAGCCUCGGCCCGCUCGCGCCCACUGACGCAGAACAAGUUUCAGAGGGCCACGAGCAGCGCAAAAAAAAAAACGCCGAAAAGGCCUCCAACAGAGCCCCAAGACUGCC